GGCGCAGUGUAUUCAUCCAUCCUCUGUGCCAUCGGACGAUCUCAGCCUCCACCGCUUGAAUCCAUAUACCAUGAGUUCCGCAUUCGUUCCCGCGCCAAUUCCUUCGGAGACGGAAUUGACUCCCAACUACUAUGGCGAAUCCUUGGCGGACAAGGCCAGGAGAAAGUUCAAGGAGAACCCUCUGGUACCACUUGGAUGUUUGGUCACGUCAUACACGCUCAUUGUAGCGGCCAUUCGUAUGCGGCAAGGUCGUUCACUGUCCAUGAAUUACUGGCUCCGUGCACGUCUGGUCGCGCAAGGCGCCACCGUUGUGGCGAUUGUGGGCGGCACGUACUACUAUGGGCAAUCCAAAGGGCAAAAGGAGGAGAAAGCACGAUUAGCACAGGAACGACUGCUUGAACAAGCGGCAGCCCAACGCGCCGAGUUCAACGCGCGUUUGGCGGCAGCGGAGGAGGCACACCGCCUGGAGACAGAAGCCUUGUCCCCCACGUUCAAAAGGACGAAUUCCGUUACGCCAUUACCUUCUAAUCCGGUUGAAGACAAACAAUCAAGCCAAAUGGAUUCGCCGUCACCUACAUCUGCUCAAGAUGGACGAUCGUUUUGGCAGAAAUGGACAGGCUUGGGACGCACAUAGCUUGCGGGGAAGAUUUGUGACAGUGACCCUGGGCUCAACGUACUGCGAGAGGCGCCUUCCUGCCGUUCCACUAAUUCAACGUGAUAUAUCAUAUAAUGCCUGAAUUGCAUAGUAACUUAUGAGCCUGC